GCUGCGGUUCCAGGCCCAGCUGGGCUACCUCUUUCGGUUCAGAAUUCAGCCCUGGCGACAAGGAAGGGUUAUCGACCACCGAGUCUCCAAGUCCGUCCAUCCUAGAGGGCCCAGCGCGCGACUCGACGCCCGGGUGUCGCUAUCUCUCGUCCCAGCUCUGUGAGGCCCGUGCGUCCAGGUCGUCCCUGUGUCGCGUUCGGGCUGCCGGCGGAGCCUAGUGACCCGAAUCCGUCCUUGAGGGUCGCCGUCCCCUUCCGCGCGUGGGCCCCCCGACCUUCCUGCGGCUUAGCGGGCGUCCGAGCUGCGGUCCCGGGGCUCGUCGCAUCUCCGCCAGUACAAGCCCGUUUUGUCCUGGUCAGGAUCAACGGCCCCUGGCGUUUCUGGGCGUGCGUGCUCACACAAUUGUGUUUUUUCUUGUGAGUAUGAAUAAGAGAGGAAAAUAUACAACACUGAAUUUGGAGGAGAAAAUGAAGGUUCUAAGUAGGAUUGAAGCUGGAAGAUCUCUUAAAAGUGUAAUGGAUGAAUUUGGAAUCAGUAAGUCAACAUUUUAUGACAUUAAAAAGAAUAAGAAAUUGAUUUUGGACUUUGUACUGAAGCAGGACAUGCCAUUAGUAGGGGCUGAGAAGAGAAAGAGGACAACAGGAGCCAAAUAUGGUGACCUGGACGACGCCGUCUACAUGUGGUACCAACAGAAAUGCUCCGCUGGUGUCCCUGUGAGAGGUGUGGAGCUUCAGGCUGCUGCCGAGAAAUUCGCGUGUCUUGGGCGAACAGACUUCAAAGCUAGCACUGGUUGGCUUUUUAGAUUUCGAAAUAGGCAUGCAAUUGGGAACCGAAAAGUAUGUGCGGAACAAGUCCUAAGUUCAGCUUCAGAAAAUGUUGAGUCAUUUCGACAAAAACUGUCCAUGCUUAUCAAAGAAGAGAAGUUGUGUCUUGCUCAGCUGUACAGUGGAGAUGAGAUGGACCUCUUUUGGAAGUCAAUGACAGAAAAUACUCAGGCAAGCAGAAAAGCUAUUUGCCUGCCAGGGAGGAAAAUAAACAAAGAACGAUUGUCUGCUCUUUUAUGUGCAAACGCGUAUAGUACUCAUAAGUUGAAGUCAAUCAUUAUUGGAAAAUCAAAGCUGCCCAAAAGUGUAAAAGAGGACACGUGUACAUUACCUGUGAUAUACAAACUUAGUAAAGAUGUUUGGUUCACCAGGGAAUUGUUUUCAGAAUGGUUUUUUCAAAACUUUGUUCCUGAGGUCAAGCACUUCCAACUUAAUGUUCUAAGAUUCCAUGAGGAGGAUGUCAAGGCCUUGUUACUUCUGGACAGUUCUCCAGUUCACCCUUCUACUGAAUUACUAACCAGUGAGGAUGGUCGAAUAAAAUGCAUAUUCUUUCCCCAUAACACUUCAACCUUGAUUCAACCAAUGAAUCAAGGUGUGAUCUUGAGCUGCAAACGACUUUACAGGUGGAAGCAACUUGAGGAAAGUCUUGUAAUUUUUGAAGAAAGUGAUGAUGAACAAGAAAAAGGAGAAAAAGUAGCUUCCAAGAUUAAAAUCUACAACCCAAAAAGAGCAGUUUUUAACUGGGCAAAGAGUUGGGAUGAAGUAAAGCAAAUAACGAUAGCAAAUGCAUGGGGAAAUCUUCUUUACAAAAAGGAACAUGAAUAUGAUCUUCAAGGCUUAGAAGAUGGGGAUUAUAGAGAAAUUUUUGAGAAAUGUAGGGAGUUGGAAACCAAGCUGGAUGACAAUAGGGUAUGGUUCAAUGGGGGUGAAGAAGAAAAGGGUAGCCCCCCAAAAAUAAAAGGUGGAAUUACAAAGAAAGUUGUUCAAAAAGGAGCUAAAGAGGAGGCUGGUGAAUUUAAGUUAUCUGCUGUAGGAAAGAGUUUGGACUACCUACUGGACUUUGUCGAUGUCACACAUGAGUUUCAAAGGUUCCAUUUUACACUGAAAGAGGUGCAACAAGAAAUAAUCAAGAAACAGUUCCAGAAUAGAUUCCAUUCUAGAAUUGGUAGCUUUUUGAAACCGAGGUCUCAUAAUAUUAAGUAUUCCUUCAGUAUGCCUUCAACUUCUGGUUGUAAUAAUUAGAUGUUGUGUUUAAAGAUUUCUGCAGUUUUGUGAUGAUACAUGAACUAGACCUGUUGUGGAUUGUCAUUGUUUUUAUCAACUGACCUCACUUUGCAUAGCAAUGCCCAUUUAUAUUGUUUUUAAAUUUUUAAUGGAAUAAAUUUGGGUUUUUUUUUAUGUUUUAA